UCUUCCUCGAUAUUGCGAGAACAAAGGGUAUUGGUUCAAGCGGAGCCUACGCCACGUGUGCCAACAUAAUUAUGCAGUCUGCAGAAUCUUUUACGUUGUGUAACGUGAAGAACUGCGCUAAUCGCUCAAUGUGGGGAAGGCAACAUAGCUCCCUAAUUUCUCUGCUUCCAGAUUCAUUAAGCAACUCUCCAUUCUCGGAUAUUCGAAUUCGAACCCACUUUUUUAAUUAGUAGGCUAUAACUCCCCCGCGCCCACGAGUCCAGUUCCGGAACCAGCAUUCGUCGAUAUGGAGAUCCUCCAUCGAGGCGAGCAAUAUGGCGACACUGACGGUGACGGCGGUUUCAAGUACCAGCACACAACAGUCAUCUACAAGUUCGAGAACAAAAUCUAUAGUGGAACCUGUCAACUCCGUAUCUCCGGAGACUUCAACCCCAAACUCGAAGACAUCUCAGACAUCGUCUUGAUACCGACCGAAGCCUACUGUCCACUUAUCCCGCCCAAAUUCACGAAAGUUCCUGAAGACUUGCUCGGAACCUGCUAUAUCAAGACGCCGCAUCUUGCUUCAUACACACCAUCCAACCCAACGGAAAUAAGCGACAGAGUUCUCAGAGAAGUUGCAGUCCUGGAGACACUUAGAGCGAAUCCGCAUCCCAACAUAGCGAAAUACAUCGGUUGCCAAGUCCAUGAUGGUCGGAUCGUUGGGAUUUGCUUUAUCAAGUACCGCGAGACUUUGGACGAAAGAGUCAAUCCCGGAUGGCAUGGGAAGACCAUGUUCAGCUACGCGGAUUCGAAACGCCCGCUUGAUGAUCGUGAAGGGUUUUUGGCUGGAAUCGAGAGCGGUAUUCGGCAUUUGCACGCGCUUGGUCUGGUUCAUAAUGAUAUCAAACCUGGAAAUAUCAUGUUGGAUGAUGAUGAUAAUCCGGUUAUUAUUGAUUUCGAUAGCUGCUGCCUAGAAGGUCAGGACUUGGAGGGAAUGGGUGGUACGUUUCAAUGGGCUGAUUUGAGUGCGAAAAUUGCUUUGCGUAGGAAUGAUUUCGAUGCUUUGUGGGAUAUUCGGGAGUGGCUGAAUGAUAGUAGCAUCAAGGAUUUUAAAAUCAAAGACGAGUAGUGGAAGCCGUUGCGGCGGGAGCCGAAGGAAUUUAUGAAAGGUUGCAAAGACCCGAAGGGGAUUGACGCAGUGAUGUCAGGGGAUUGAUGGCGGGCUGCCGGCAACAGUGAAUGACGAGACUAUAUAGAAUUUCGUAGAGUGAUAGAGAUGAAAAACAUGCAAUGCAGAGC